AUGGGUUUUCUUUUUACGCGAUUAACUCGCUAUAUUCUUGUGGCGUAUAUUCUGUAUGCAGCUGCAAACUGGGUUCUUCGAACUAAAUCAUACGAAAUUUCGCCAAAGCAGUUCAAGACAUUCGCUGCUCAAGCUGCUGAACCAAACGGUGAUCCGCGCGCUGCUGUCAACAAAUUGGUCUCAUCAUUAGCUAAAACCUAUCCAGUCACAAUUCUCAGAAAUGCUGAAUGGCAUCCAGUCCAGUUGGGCAAUCACGAUGUUCAGUUGUACCCGUUAUAUCUGACUUUUACCGAAUUCGCAGUGGUAAUUGCUUCUCCAGCAGGUUCGACUGGUAGAAUUGGAUUCCAAUGGAGCAACACAAGCUGCACCGUGCUCACCGGCUCCGUGACUCGUUUUAGAGACGCCGCGGUUCUCGAAAAUUCCGAAACCACCAAACCGAAAGGAAAUUUCCGACAUGGACAAUUUGAAUCUUUCGUUUAUUCGCUCGAGCCAACUACUACGAUUGCAUGCUACGGACGCGGCAUCGUUCCAGUUUCCGGACUUUGGAUCACAACUUCUUCAAUUGCUCGAGGAGAGCCGAUCUCUUUAGCCAAACUCUCAUCCACUUAUAUUCAAUCCAUCUACCACCAAUGGUCGAUGUACCUUUUCCAGAUUUUCAACCACUACAAGGCGAGAGCCACUGGAAAACCCGAACUCUAA